GUAAAAUAAGCAGAAACUAACCAAACAAGGACUCCUCCUCUCUAAUUCCUAACAAAGAAAUUUUACAUAUUAUACUCUGACUUCUUAAACCAAAAUAAAUAGCAUUCUGAGGGUGUUCUUAGUCAAACUUGAAUUUCAAUGUCAAUUCAUCCUUAUUAUUUAUUAUAUGUAUUUUAAUUUUCAUAUUUUUUCCUUUCAACAAAGUCAAGAAAAUACGUUAAAUAUUUGCAUACAAUAAUAAUAAUAAGCAAAGAGAAAACAAUAUAUUUAUGCUUUGUAUAGCCAAAAAGAAAUUAAUGCUUUUAGGUAGAAAUUUUAUAUUCCUCUAUUUCUAAUUUUAAUUAAUUUAUAAAAAUAUAUACAAAGUAAUGGUCAACCAAAACCAACCUUUAUCUCUAUUAUUCAUUAUAUAUUUUUCUGAUCCUAAUUUUAUUGGUAAUGGAAAUUACUCUGUUUUCAUAGUUUUGGGUUUGUAUUCACACCAAAACUGAAGGUUCUUUGGCUUCUGGGUAUUGGCCUGUUUAACCAAAUAAAGCAUCAUAUAUCAAUUAUCAGGCAAAGGAAGGGAAGGGUUCUACUUGGUAUAUUUAUAUGUUGAAUUUGAAAACAUGAGCCAACAUUCAUCCGUUGCAGGCGCCUCCCGCCCCGUUAAAGAAGCCGGCUUUUUUACCAAAAUCAAGAAUGUUGCUUGCCUGAAAUCAUCAUCAUCCUCAGACAAGGGGAAAGGGGGAAAAGGGAAAAGCAAGUCAUCAAGUAACAAAGUCUCCCAUGGGUUCCACUUAGUGGAAGGUCAAUCAGGCCAUAAAAUGGAAGAUUACCAUGUUGCUGAGUACAGGAAAAGGAAGAAUCAUACCCUUGGAUUGUUUGCAAUAUUUGAUGGUCACUUAGGGGAUCGCGUGCCCAGUUAUUUGAAAGACAACCUUUUCAACAACAUACUCGAAGAGCCAAAUUUCUGGAAAGACCCCGAGGCCGCAAUACGGAGUGCAUACUCCUCCACAGAUAAGUUUAUAUUGGAUAACUCUAUGCAAUUAGGGCCUGGCGGCUCCACUGCUGUAACUGCAAUUGUCAUUGAUGGCAAAGAUUUAUGGGUAGCGAACAUUGGUGACUCUAGAGCUGUUGUAUGUGAGAGGGGCUCUGCCAAUCAAAUUACAGUGGACCAUGAGCCGCAUGCUGAACGAAGAAGGAUAGAGAAGCAGGGUGGCUUUGUGACUACUCUUCCUGGAGAUGUGCCUAGGGUGAAUGGUCAACUUGCAGUAGCACGGGCCUUUGGGGAUCAGAGCCUUAAAGCUCAUUUAAGCUCAGAACCUGAUGUCAGACAUGUCCCCAUAGACUCCACUAUUGACUUUGUAAUACUGGCUAGUGAUGGUUUGUGGAAGGUAAUGAAGAAUGAAGAGGCAGUUAAUUUGGUGAAAUCCGUGAAGGAUCCCCAAGCAGCAGCCAAACUGUUAACGACCGAGGCAUUGGCUAGAAAAAGCAAAGAUGAUAUAUCAUGCAUUGUAAUUCGAUUUGGCUGAUUCAGAUAGCAUUGUUUGGUUUUCCAUUGGGAGGCGUUGUACAUGGGGGGAACUCUUUAUGAGUUGGAGAGCUUGGAGGUUCAUAUAUGUGGGUAGGUUUCUUAGCAGGGACAAUGAUGUGUGAGCUAUUAGUUGAGAUAGAAGUGUGAUGCAUUUUUUGUAUUCCUAGGGAGCUUCCUCAUUAAUCAAUGAUUAUGAACAUGAACAGGUUUGCAUAUGAACUAAAAUGUGUGGGGGCUUGUCUUGGCUUGGCUUGGCUGCCAAUUAAUAUAGUUAUAAUAUAAGAUAGACCUGUGAAUGUGAUUGAAAA